AGAAACAGCAAUCGUGUUUUCCCUUCACAUAUAAUUUACGCUAUACCUGAGUUUCUGCCGGGGCAUAAGGCUGUUAAGUACCCCAAUGUGCACACAGACUGGGGGUUGGGUGGCUGUGCCGAUUGGUCGUUCACCAGCACAGUCAGUCAGGGCUUGUUUUAACAUAACCAGGGGCAUUCGGCAGCAAGCAAACAAUCAUGUAUUCAAAAUGAAUCUGGGGCUGAUUGAAGCUUGCGUGAAGGACAUGUACUUUUGCAACAUAUAGACACUUCGCUGAAAUGAGAGACAUUUCGAGAAUUUUGUCACAGGAUGAUUUUUUUUAUUUUUGAAGGGACCGCCGCCGAUGAGGCGAUAGAGGGGAAAGAAUGAGUGCUGAGCCUGGGCCUACUAGAGUUGGUACUGGGAUUUUGCAGAUCCGCUUUCACAAAUUGAAAAAAACUAACGCUACAUAUCGUAAUUUGAAAUGCUCUCGAGUGGUUUUGUUGUGACCGACCCUUAAAUGGAUGGAGUCAUGACAACAUGAAUAAAUCCUGUAAAGUGGCAGUGAGGGAUGGCUCUCCCUGUCAUUCCACCUCGCAGGAACUCCAUACCUCGGGUGGACCCUUCAAGAGUGGAGCAGGCCGCUCACCUGCUCGGCUGUCGAAGACGGCCUUCAAGCAGACAUCACAGUAUCCAUACAAUCAGCAGAAAAACCCUUCCUCCUGCUACAGUCCUCUGAGACGCCUACAGGACCUCACAACCAUGGUGAACAGACCUGACCUGAGUUUGCAGGAAAAGGACUUCCAUGGCCGCAAUCACUUGCACAGGCACAGUCCCUUGGGUGCCACUGACUUUGGGAGCGGACUCGUUCACACACCACUGUCUCCCAGUAAUAGUGAUACAAACCCACGGGAGUUGGAUAAGAAUGGUUUUUCACCUCUAAGCUCAGACAGCUUGGAACACUCUCCCCCUAUUCCAAACGGCUACUUGCAUUUCGAGUCUACCUUAUUUGACAGCAAGGAUGAAGACGACGACGACGACGACGAAGAUGAUGAUGAUGAUUAUGAGCAAAGCAACGGUGAAGUAAGCGUGGUGUCGCUGUCCAACAAGUGUAAAAAAAGAGACUUCCCUGAAGUGUGCUAUAGCUCAAGCACAUACAAGCACGAACCUGUUGUGUCCAGUCUGGUCCCUAAAAACAUACCUGAUCCGGAUCCUGCUAUAAUGUCCCAUGGCCUUGAUGACGUCAACAUGGUGGAUUUGGACAGUAUGGAUGAGUUCUCUGACAGUGACUGUGACCUGCCCAGUACGGAGAACAUGGCUUCGUUAGGUUACGGGUUCUCGCCCAAUGGUUCCUAUUCAAACUCAAGUAGUCCGAAGAAGAAGCCGCUGCCUGGCAUAAAGUAUGCAGAGGGUGAUGUUGUUUGGGCCAAGUUCAACCGGAGACCCUGGUGGCCCUGCCAAGUAACCUGUGACUCACCAAAUGGAAUCCACACACGAAUGAAAGAACCCAGCCGGCGGCCCUGCCGGCUCUAUUUCCUGAAGACUUUUGGAGAGAUUGUGGACAGGGCUUGGGUCCCCGGGAAAGCCACGUAUCCCUUUGAGGGGGGGCAUCAGUUUGAAAAUCUCCCCGUGCUCAGACGAAGAGGAAGGCAGAAGGAGAAAGACUACAAAUACACGAUACCAAAACGCCUCAUGGACUCGUGGAAAGCCAGCGUGAGGGAAGCGGAGGCCCACCUUCCGGUGGUCCCGAAGAACGGCUUGCUUGUGACCUCCGUGUGGGAAAGGGAUGCGUCCACGCCUGUGGCUGACGAGAGGGCAUCGGACUCGCCCUCCUGCUCAGCGGUUUUCCCCGCAGCCUCCCCUCUAAGCCCCCUGUUCUCUAACGGAAAUGACCAACCCAUGAGGAGCCCGCCCCUGACGAAAGAAAGCAGGAAAAAAACUCCCAGUAAAAAGAAAAUGGCCAUGUUGUAUAAAACCUUUACCAACAUCAAGGAAACGCAUAAGACGUUGUCGAGCUGCGCAGAGGACAAAAUGGAGGUCUUUGAUAAUCCCACGGUGUCAGAUUUACCCAAGAAAGAUACCAGAGAUUGUUACUUUGAUAUUGAUACAGUGCCCAGGAUUCUAUGCCCUAAACGCCCUGAGGAGGAGGAGCAGCCGCAGCAGCAGCCGAUGCCCAAGAAGGUUCUGGGGAAAGACGUAAUGCCGGUGACCCCCAUAGUGAAGAAGACGGGAAAAGACAAACGAGAGAGGAAUUCCAAGAGCAUAUCGUCCGUCGUGGCAGACUUGGCCAUCAAACAGCUGGCCAACAAGGAGCGGGCGGCAAACUUGGCGCUCCAGAAGAAGAAGGCGAGCAACGCGUCCGGCUCCCUGGACAACGUGGUGAACCUGCACUCUCAUCACCUCCCGGCCAGCAGUGGCCUGAUGACGCGAGCGUUGCGAGCCAGCGAGGAGAGCGAGGAGGCACGGUCAGUUCCAGCAGAGGAGGGCCUCUCGCCCCAUCGGGACCUGGCGGACAUCUUGGAGAGGCGCUGGCAGUCCAAGCUGGUGCCCGACGCCGACUCCGAAUCGGCCCGCUUGACCUUCUCCCCGCCUGCCCGCAGUCCUCCGACAUCCCCGUUCCGCAAGUUCGCGAGCAGCAAAUCGGACAAGAACCACGUCUGCAACGGAGCUCUGGUGAAGUCGGAGGCCUCCACUGACCAUUCCUCUGUGGGUUCCGUUCAAGUGAAACAGGAGAACAUUAUGUCCGACAUAUCCUCCACCUCCUUCCCAUCCCCAUGUCUGUCGCCCUCAGAGUCUCCGCCGGACAGCAAAGACCUCCAUGUCAAGUCGCCCCUGAAAGACGAGUGCGAGUCGGGCAAGUCCUCCGGUUACCACUUCAGCACCUUCCUGAUGCUACUGAAGGACCUGCACGACACUAGAGAGAAGGAGGGCAAGCCUCUCACCUUGCCCCCACCUCCCUCGUCCUCGCUCAUCAAGGAGGAGCCAUCCCUCAUCCCUGGGGCGUCUGGAGACGAGCCGUCGGAGAGCAGCCUCCGCGAGACGGACACCUCCUCCUCCUCCUCCGCUGCCACCACGCACGGGACCAAAGUGCAGAACGGCGUUAAGUGCGUGAAGUCGCCGACGCCAAAGGCCUCCCACGCCAGACCUAGCAAGACAAAGUCAAAGUCCAGCACGAAAAAGGACGCGCCGAGAAGUGAAGGAAAGAAUGUUCCGGCGACGUCCCACACAGCACUCUUUAGCAAAACACUGAACACGCAGAAGCAACAGCAGCAGCAGCACUCGUCCGCGGCGGAUUUGGAUGCACUUGAAAUGGGAUUGCCACCCGCGGAAGACCUCCCCAGUUCCUACACUUUCCCCAAAUUCGCUCCCAAGAAACGAUGGCAGACGUUCGAAUCGGGCACCACAAGGGAUGUUGCGAAGUCCAAAGAGGGUGAUCAGGGUCAUUCGGCACAGCAGAACUCCGCAAAAGCGCCCUCAGAGGUUAAUGGACUCUUCAAAGACGACCACCAUAGCAACCAAGACGUGGGUGAAAAGAAAGAAGGCUUAGAACCGAACAAGAGGCUUCGGAAACCCAGUAAACGACUUCUGGAGUGGAAUGAGGACUAUGAACAGAUUUUCUGCCCAAAGAAGAAAACAAAGAAAACCCUAGAGACACUUAGAUUGGGGAUGGGCUCAGGCGACACAAGUGGACGGUCCCCUGAAGAGGCGACUCCUCAACCCCUACGACCAGUAGGAGACAAGCAGAUGUCCCCAAAUGGAGAGCAGUCUAAGACUUCCUCAGCAUCUGAGCAUUACCAUCAUCAUCAUCAUCAUCAUCAUCAUCCUUCCCCUCCUCAUCUUCAACCUGUUCAUCAUCAACACCAGCCGACCGAGGGAACGCUCUCUGGUAUGGCCUCCUCAAACCCUCCCCAGGAGGGUCCUUCACUGAGUAUAGCAGAAGGAGAUACUCUGGGGCACACAGACACAUCUUUCUCAGAACGAAAGAGACCAAGGAAGCCUUCUCACAAAGUUCUAGAAUGUGUCAUUGAGGAGGAACCCAACAGAAACCUGAAGAAGAAGAAGCCUAUGAAGAAAGAACUAUCUGCGCCCACUCUGCCAAGCCCUUCUCCCUCAGCAGCAAUGUGUCCACCACCAUCGGAGAGCGAAGCAAGCAAUGACGCAGGGGCAAUGACCGCCUCACCUGUCCAGCAGCAGACUCCCCCGGCCCCAAUCAGUGUUAAAGAAGGAGAGGAUGGAAGCCUGGAUAGGACAAAAGAGGAUGCUGAGACCAGUGUGAAUGGAGAUGAGCCUUCACAGUCAGAGUCCAUAGUCUCAUGUCAUGAUGGAAGCCUGUCCUCGCCCCAUGAUUUGCUGCCCAAUGACUUGGGCUUGUCCGGCAAGAAGCCCUCGAUGGAGAAAGGGGGCGCAGCCUCACUGAAGGAGAAUGUGUGUCAGGUGUGUGAGAAGACUGGGGAGCUGCUGCUGUGUGAGGGGCAGUGCUGUGGGGCCUUCCAUGUCGAGUGCAUCGGCCUCACCGAAACCCCCAAAGGAAAGUUCGUCUGCAAGGAGUGUACCACAGGUGUGCACACCUGUUUCGUGUGCAAGACGGCGGGGCGAGACGUGAAGCGCUGCCAGAUCCCGGUGUGUGGGAAGUUCUACCACAUGGACUGCAUCCUGAAGCACAGCCCCACCGUUCCCCAGAGCCGCGGCUUCCGCUGCUCCCUGCACGUCUGCCUGGCCUGCUACAUCACCAACCCCACAAACCCCAGCAGCUCCAAAGGUCGUCUGACUCGUUGCGUCCGCUGUCCUGUGGCGUACCACGCCAACGACUACUGCAUGGCUGCUGGCAGCGUCCCCCUGGCCAAUAACAGCUUCCUGUGCCCUAACCACUUCACGGCACGCAAGGGCUGUCGAAACCAUGAGCACAUCAACGUCAGCUGGUGCUUCGUGUGCUCCGAGGGAGGUAGUCUGCUAUGCUGUGAGUCGUGUCCUGCUGCCUUCCACCGCGAGUGUCUGAACAUCGACAUGCCCAAAGGGAGCUGGUUCUGCAAUGAUUGCCGGGCCGGGAAGAAGCCCCACUUCAAGGACAUCCUGUGGGUCAAAGUGGGUCGGUACAGAUGGUGGCCGGCGGAGGUCAGUCAUCCUCGGAACGUUCCGGAAAACAUCCUGCGAAUGAAGCACGAGGUGGGCGAGUUUCCUGUGCAUUUCUUCGGCUCCAAGGAUUACGUGUGGACGUAUCAGGCCCGGGUGUUCCCUUAUAUGGAGGGCGACGCCAACAACAAGGAGAAGAUGGGAAAGGGGGCGGACGCCAUCUACAAGAAAGCUUUGCAGGAGGCAGCCGAGAGGUUCCGCGAGUUGCAGGCGGAGAAAGAGAUGAGGCAACUGCAGGAGGACAGGAGGAAUGACAAAAAACCGCCGCCCUACAGGCACAUAAAGGUAAACAGGCCUAUAGGUAAGGUCCAAAUCAUCACAGCCGACCUCUCUGAGAUCCCCCGCUGCAACUGCAAGGCCACAGACGAGAACCCUUGUGGCAUCGACUCGGAGUGCAUCAACCGCAUGCUGAUGUACGAGUGCAACCCGCAGGUGUGCGCGGCCGGUGAACGCUGCCAAAACCAGAGCUUCACCAAGAGGCAGUACUGCGAUGUGGAGAUCUUCCGCACACUUUCUCGUGGAUGGGGCCUGCGCUGCGUAAACGACAUCAAGAAGGGGGCGUUUGUCAGCGAGUAUGUGGGUGAAGUGAUCGAUGAGGAGGAAUGCAGAGCCAGGAUCAAACACGCUCAAGAAAACGACAUCUGCAACUUCUACAUGCUCACGUUGGACAAGGACCGGAUCAUUGACGCAGGACCCAAGGGGAACCAGGCCCGCUUCAUGAAUCAUUGCUGCCAGCCCAACUGUGAGACGCAGAAGUGGACUGUGAAUGGGGACACCAGAGUGGGCCUUUUUGCCUUAGAAGAUGUCCCUAAGGGCGUGGAGCUCACCUUCAACUACAACCUUGAGUGUCUGGGGAAUGGGAAGACCGUGUGCAAAUGUGGAGCUCCAAACUGCAGUGGGUUUUUGGGAGUUCGACCAAAGAACCAGCUCCCAGGAGAGGACAAGAAAAAGAAGAAGCUUCCAGUGAAGCGUAAGAAUAAGCUGGAGGUGACCAAGGAGCGUGAGGAUGAAUGUUUCUACUGUGGGGACAGUGGUCAGAUCAUCUCCUGCAAAAAGCCUGGUUGCCCAAAGGUCUAUCACGCAGACUGCCUCAACCUCUCCAAGAGACCUGCAGGCCGAUGGGAGUGCCCGUGGCACCAGUGUGACGAGUGCGGGCAGGAGGCGGCGUCCUUCUGCGAGAUGUGCCCCAGCUCCUUCUGCAGCAAGCACCGCGAAGGCAUGCUCUUCAUCUCCAAGCUGGACGGCCGGCUCUCCUGCAGCGAACAUGACCCCUGUGGGCCCGACCCGCUUGAGCCUGGCGAGAUCCGCGGCGAGUUCAUACCGGACCUGGCCACUGCACGGGCUAUCGCGGCCGGACUGCCACUGCCCCUCCCAAUGCCACCUGGGGCUGUCGCAUCCGCCUCCGCCUCCACUGCUGCCACCCUCCCUUGCCCGCUCAAGAUGGGCCAACCCGCCUUAACGCCCACCACCUCCAAGCUUUUGCCUGGUCCUGCCAAGGGGGACCCCAUAGCCCAGUAUAGGACCCCUGGCAGGCCCUUUGUGACUCCAGCAGCAGACGGGGUGCUGGUGUCUCCCUCCGCUGGCUCAGUCCCUGUGAGCCCCAAAGAGGUGAAGGAGGAGGAACCAGAGGAUGAGGGCGAGGUUAUCGAGGGCGUGGUAGAGGGGGAAUAUGAUGAGGAGGAGGAUGAAGAAGAAGAGGAGGAGGAGGAAGAGGAGGAGGAGGUGGUGGAGCGGGAGUUUAUCGAGGGUGUGGUAGAGGGGGAAUAUGACGAGGAUGAUGAUGAUGAAGAGGAGGAGGACGACGAAGAGGAGGAGGAGCUGGAGGUGAUCGAAGACUACGAGGGGUUAGGCUUCGAGGACGAGGAGGUUGGGGUGGCAGCGAAGGAGGAGGAUUGCGAGGACCCCUUAGAGUGUGUGGAUGGGGACAGAGACGCGGACGCGUCCACGGAUGAGGACUUCGAGGACUCCGCAGACCUGGCGGAGGUGGAGAGGCUGGAGAGGCUGGAGAGGAAGGAGUGGGAACGAGUGAUGGGUGGAGAGAAGUGAACGCCCCCACUCUCCUCUCCCCUUUAACUCUGUCAGAUUUCCCCACUCCGCUACUGCAGGGGGAGGGCGUGGGGGGUAGCUGUUCUUAAGGGUCAAACUGCUGGGCAAAACUUUCCCUCAACGUUCCCGGGAGACAGCCAGCCGAAGAAGAGAACGUAGAGGGAACACUUAUGGCGUGUCUGCGGACGAACGCACAAAGGUGUUUGUGUUUUUUUUUUUUCAGCUGUUUUUUGUUGUUGUUGUUGUUGUUGUUGGUUGUCGUUGUUGUUUUCAGGUCUACUGGUACCACCAUGCCUUCUCAACUCAAAUCCACUUGGAAAAUCCACGCAAGGGAUUGGAACUGGUGCUAUGGGGCUGUGACUUCAGUUCUGACGUCCUUCAGUUAUUUUCAUGUUCAUAGGUCGGGUGCUUUUUUCAUGUUUCACGUUUUUGUCUGGUUUCGUUUCCUUCUUCAAUCUGUUUACAUUCUCUCUUGAAGAACAACAGCGCAUUUUGAAAGGUGUCAUUGCAGGAAAGACCCCACCGUGAUACAAAAACGCACUGUCAUUGGUGUUCAUUGAUACUACAUAAUCUCUCUUAUACAUCUAUAAAUACGUGGCCAUUUAAAAAAAAAAGAUAUCUGUGAAUUAAGCCCCACAUUUUGUACAUCAUGUUAAUAAGGAUUAUGGGUCACUGGGAUUUUUAUUAUUUUAAUUCCAGAAAUAUUCUAUUACUUGGUCAUUACCACCUGCCCCCUUCAGAAAUUAAGAAACUGUACCCUCCAUUGCACUUUGUUGUCGAAAUUCAGUGCUUUACCUUAAACACAAGGGAGGUGAGAACAUUCCAUGGCUUAAUGUCUCCCUGUUACCUCAGUUGCAUGCCUGUAGAUGGUUUUGUUAUUCUUGUUUUUCUGUUAAUGAUCAUGGACGUUUCACCGUUGCUCCAAACAGUAGUGCAAAAGAUGGAAGAUUGAGGUGGCAAGGCAUACAUGCAUUCACUAUUUUCAGUCACCAGAUGCCAUUGAGAAAGGAAAAAAAAACAUUUGGAAAAACUAGUCAUUUAAAUAUUUACUUUUGAACCAUUGUUUUUAUCUGAAGAGUAGAUGAGCAGGGUGCUUUGUACAUGUUUAUGUUUGUGAUCCCCUUUUGUCAGGAAUGUCUUGGUCUUCACUGAUAACUUGAUGCAGAUUCUUACGCUGUCUUCAAAGGUGUAAAAACCAAAGGUUGUGGUGUUUGGCCAAUGCCUGGCUCUAGACUUCAUGCAGAUGGAAUGAUGGAUGAGUUUACCUAAAAGAGCUUUCUAUUGCCAGACUCCAGUCCUUGUAUAGUUUCCUGUACUAACCAAAAGAAUGGGAACAUUUUAGAAGGUGCAAUUUACAUCCCUUUUAAAAUUGCUUUGAAAUUUCUACCCUCAUGAAAGAAAAAAAUAGCUGACAUUUGUAAAAUGAGCAUAAAUGGAGGAUUUUACUGCCUUGUUAUUUGACCCAUGGAUACCUGCUUUGUUUUAAAUUGGUU